ACUUCCGGGUAGGGAAAUUCCGACAUAUUUUUUAAUAAUGUGAUAAGUAAUUUUACAGGCCUACAUAACUUUCUUAAAUUCAACCAUCCAUUUUCAGGGAGUAUUCCCAUUUGUACGUUUUAUGUCUGUAUUUUUGGAAAGUUUUUAGAGCAAAAUUGUAUUUUACUUGAUGUAGUUUGUAAUCGGUUAUCAAUAAGGUCAAUUUGAAAUUUUAAUUAAAUUGUAAAAAAAAAAAAAAUGUAAGUUGUUUGAAUUGAAAUUAAUGAAAUUGAAGGGCCUAGGCCUAUGCCUAGUGACAAGUGCUCAAACGUCACAUUUUUGUCAAAUUGAACUUUUUUUUUUUAAACAGUAUCAAGUUUAGCCAAGUGUACGACAGAAAUUUGAAUACAUUAAAAUGUAGGCCCUACCCAAAUCCCUUAACUAAACACGACAAAAUAUGAAAAUGAUCACGUUUUUACGGUUUUAUAGGCGAAAAGAAUAUUUGAACGUGAUUAUCUCAAAAUGAGCAUUUUGUGACAUAAGUUUAAGUCUUAGGCACCAAGUACCAAGGUCUUCAAUUCUAAAAAUUAAAUUAGUUCAAAUUAAAUGUUAAGACUAAGACAAAGUAACUGGCUUGUUAAGUUACCAAAUAACAAACUUGUGGUUGUGGACUAAAAUUUACUAUAUUAUAAUUAUAGGGCCGUCAUUUUCAUAAUUAAAGUAAGACUAAUUGUAUUAAUUAUUAACAAUGCAGAAAUGCCACUCCUCUGCUUGAAAUGGGGGUGGUAAUCCAGGUAUACUUAGCUUGCCCGACCCAGCGGCACCAACUCUAUCGAUGUCACUUCUUACAUUAAGAAGUAUUUUUACCUAGUAUGCUUUGUUUUGUCAAGUUUUGCAGUAGGGCCUACUUUCUACAAUUUCUGAGAAUGUUUAUUUAUUCAUCCCUUGUGAAUACACAAUGUGUAAAAAAUUGAUAUUAAUAAGUGUUUUAUUUCUGCAGUUUUAUAUUGAUAAAUUAUGUCUGACAAAGCACCAAUGCCAGAAGCACCUGAAGCUGAACCAUAUGCUAGGAUUGAAUUUCAUCUGCAAAUGCAACCUCAUGGCACAGUCACACUUCAUCAGGUAUAGGCCUACAGGAAUUAGAAAUUUUCAUAGCAUUAUUAGCUUUCUCCUUAUACAUUUUACUUUGUCAUAAAAAUGAUUUAUUUCUCAUAUUUUGGCGUAUUGUAAAAUUUCUUGUUUAUUUCUAAAAAAUACAUAUACCAUUAAGAUUUACCAUACAGUGUAGGCUUACAACUUACAAUACAAUGUGCAGCAUUUAUCACUAAGCUGAUUCAAUUUUGUACAAUUACUUUUAAGCAAAAAUGGAAACUUGGAAUUAGUUGUUCAUUUGCAAAAUAUCUUUCUUUAUGUCACUUUGAUAAAAAUAAAAGUUAAAAAAUAUGUACUUCUCUAUAUGGUAGACUAACAUUUGCACAGGCUUAAUGAAGGCUCUGGAGUUAAUAUGUAUUUUUUUUACCUUUUAAAUUAGGCCUGUACAACUCAAAAUGUAAGGCGGGCCAUAAUAAUUUAUGAAAUACUUGUGCGGACCAAAAGAUAAUGGGACGGGAAGGGGGGAAGCUGUUAAGAAAAUAAUAAUAAUAAUAGAGAAUAUUUUGUUACUUCGCGCGCCAAAAUGUGUAAAUAUAAAAGGAAUUAUAACACUCAUCAACUUACAAUGGGUAUUAAUUAAUAUCACUAAGAUAAUUAAAUGUGAAGUUUCCAUGUUUGACAAAGAAAAAUGUUUCAUUUUUUUUACAUUGUAAGAUGUCCAUAAAUAUAAAACAAAAAUAAAUUAUUCUAAAUUUUUAAUUACCGCGCUACUUUGUUUUUCUCUUUAUGAAAUGUAUAUACAGAUUUAUGAUUUGCAGGCUGACUGUGGAACUCAGACUCUAAUUGGUGCACUAAAGGAAGAUUUGAGAAAUUUGGUAAUUUGAAAAAUGUUUCUCCUUGGUGACUUUAAAUUAAAAUUAGUAAAUCUGUUUUGGGGAGUUUUCUGUGUGGGUGGCUGGGUAGCUCAGUUAGUUAGACCCAGAAUUUCUUUCUGUAAUCAUACACAAAAUAAUUUAAUACUGGUCACCAGUGCAUGCUGCUCUGUCCCAAAAAUUUUGUUUUUGUCUUGGUUAAAGUUUAAUCUGUUGUUUUUUUCUUGCCAUGUUCACAAGCUAUGUUUAUUUUUACACUGCAUGAGAUGUGUCACCUAUUGUAAAUAAUAUUUAAUAGACACUUUAAAUUUUAAAAUUCCAGAAUGAUCUGUGUCAAAAUUUGAUAAUAAUUUAAAAAAGCGACUAGGCAAGAUGAAGUUGCCUGCAAUAAUUCAACUUUCUAUAGUUUAAGGAAAUGGGCUGAUUACAAAUUAUACUCCCAAAAACAUUUCUUGUCAAUUUGAAUAAUAAAAGGGGUACUACUAAAAAAAAAAGUAUAGGUCACAGCACUGAUGGUUGCUUUAUAACAAAACUCUAUUUCAUUAUGCUCCUUUGUUUUUUCUUCUUUUAGUUUGGUGACCCGAAAGAUCAGUCAUGGUUUUUAAGAGAUACAAGUUUGCUGAAUGAAAAGACAUUAGAGUACUAUGGCAUAAAAGGAAUUGAUACAAAUUCUAGAAAUCCAACUAAGAUACUCGUUAAAAGUUCAAAAUAAAAAACAAUUUAAAAUAUUAUCUUAUAUAAUUUCGCUAAUAUUUUUAUCUUUGUUUUUUUGUCUCCAAAAAUGAACAAAGUAUUCCAUACACAGCCAGAGUCAACAUUUUAAAAGAAACCUGAAUUCUGCCAUAAUUUAAAUGUUUGGAAAAUGAAUUUUCCUUUCAAAAUGAUGUUUUUAAUUUGUCCAGCAUAUUUAUUGGAAAAAUCUUUCAAAUUAUUUAUUGCAGAAUUAUUUGUUCUUCUUCAUAAUAAAAUUAUUAUAAAAAAAAUAAAAAAAUUUUUUAAAUUUUAAUUUAUCUAUGACAACAGCUUCAAAAAUAAAAUUUUUCUUAUUGUGUAAAAUAUUAAAAGUAAAGGCAGGAAAAGAGCUCAAUGCAUGUUAUAAUAAACAUCUCUAGGAGUCUCAAAGCACCAGCAACAUUGUAUUUGCUACACCGACUUGACCCGUUUAAAAAUAAAUAAAUUAAUCAAUUUUCAUGCACAGAGUCUAUUGUUUAUGUUUUAUUAAUUUAAGGCUAAAUUAUUAUUGUUUUUUUUUUAAUGUGCUUGAAUUUGAAGCAUUGCAAAUUGUUGAGUGUGUAAAGAACAGACAAAAAAAGUAGGAUGGUGUAACCAUCAAUUAUUAAAGAUUAAA